UUGGAGACAGCACCAGAGGGAAACAUCCGGUUCAUGUAGAUAUCCGCCAUCAUGAAAACAUCCCAGUUUUUAAGUGGUUCCAUGGUGGUGGCGGUGGUGGCUGCUGAAGUUAUCAGCUGGGGAUGGCAGUGGUACCUGACCAGAACUUUUUACACCGGGGUUUUAGCAAAUUGUGCACUGGCCUGUGUAUUGAAAUACACUAAAGAGACUCUGUGGUGGGCGCGUGGACUGAAGGACUCCGCCCUUCUGUCGCUGUAUGUGACCACUCUGUAUGUGGGCCUUCAGGCACCACACGAGGUCAGCGGUGGUGUCCUUAGCACGGUGUUCUUUCUGAUCAGUGUCUCCCAGAAGUUCCUCGUCAGUUUGGUUAUUGUUGUGGUGUUAGAUAAAGUUCGAUUUUAAAAAAUCAUACACGUUCAUAUAAAAAUUUUUUUACUGUGUGUCUGGGUUAUUAAAGUUGACUUUUGUGAAUUUUUAGCACUGGAAUCACAAGGAAAUCAAUUUGAAUAAAACUAAAUUGUACUAUACAUUUUGUCUUGUCUUGAAAUUAUAAAUAUGUAGAUGUAAUAAAUGGCUAUUA